GCCCAUGUUUACGAUGGCGUCGCCCAUGAGGUCACUAGCCUUGGGGAGUCGCGCCCUGAGCCGCUUGUUUACCCGGGUGCUUCCCAGGGGGGAUGUUACCUUAGCGGCCAGGCGAGAUAUCUCUUUCAAACUUGAUGAGAAAACUGCUCACAGCAGCUUGGACCUGUUCAAAAAGGAUACUGCCAUAAUAUAUCGCAUGCUAGGCAUUGAUCCAAGCAAGAUUCCGCAGAACCCUGAGCGUUUCCGGGAAUGGGCUAUUGUACUGGGAGAUGCGCAGAUAGUAAGCGGCCGCCAUUAUUGGGAGGUGACAGUUAAACGCUCCAAUGAGUUCCGUAUAGGUGUGGCUGAUGCAGACAUGUCCAGAGAUGAAUGCAUUGGCGUUAGUAAUCGCUCAUGGGUCUUUGCUUAUUGCCAUAGCAAGUGGUUUGUCAUGCAGGAUAGUAAGAAAUUUCCCAUCACCAACAUUGGCCAUCCAAGUAAAGUCGGCCUCCUCCUGGACUAUGAAGGCCAAAGGCUGAACCUUGUGGACUCAGAGAAGAAUACUCUUAUCCACACUCUUAAUGCAGACUUUCGAGGUCCAGUGGUGCCUGCAUUUGCCCUUUGGGAUGGGGAACUUCUGACCCACUCAGGCCUUGAUGUUCCAGAAAACCUGUGAAGGCCAUCAGUCUUGCCCACAAGUGCCUCUGCAAGAAGUCUCCAGAUGAUAUUUACAGUAAACCUUUUGCUUCUAUUAUGAGAAAAAAACAAAUUAUAAGCUACGAGCAGUGCUUUUUGCUUUAAGUCUUUCAAAUACCUUUGACUUUUUUGAUUGGAUGUACCAAAGAUUCAUUGCUUCUCAUUUUCCCAGGCCAUGAAAUGGAAUGUGGACGUUUACCACUGCAGCCUCCAGCAGUUUCCAAACGGCAGUGGAUACAUUCCAUUCUGCCUCAUUACUUCCCAUUCUGUGUUUGUGUUUUCAUAGAAAACAUAAACAUCAGAACCCGUAUAGACUAUAUGAUGAUAUCAGCACCAGAGAAAUAAAGAUUGGAUUUAUGAUGUGACAAUACUUUGCUCAUUGUUGCUUUUCAUAUAUGUUAAAGAGAAAACAUGCUGCACUGGCAAAUCCAUGUUAUAUAUAGUGCAGGGUAAUUUUUAAGCUAAUGCAAAAUACUUAAUAUAAGAAAAUAAAUGUAUAUUUUGUCUAAAGU